AUGGUUUCCACAGACUCAGUUAAAGCUCGCGCCGUCAAGUGGUUUCUUCUGAAUCCAUAUUGGCUGUCGUAUAGCAGAACGAUCCAUCAACAGGGACCAGACUCUGCCGGACCUGGACCUGGACCCAGCUGUGUGUCCAUGAAGAGUGACUUGUCUAUAGAUCGUCUUAUUAGCUUCAAGGAUGGACAAAAACAUGGUGAACUGAUGGACUCAUGGACAAGCCUCUCUGACUGUGUCUUUGAGACUUCACACAUAACAAACACUAGAGACUGUCCUUCAGGGACUUUUGUCUUCAACCUGUCAAACUCAUGUCAUGUGAACUUGGCUGAAGAAGAAUCAGUUGAUCAGCAGAGGACAGAGGUUCUCAGUGGUCAGUCUGUCCAGCAGCAUGGAGCAGACCUGGACUCCAUAUUUAAGCUGCUGGAGGAGAACAUCAUCUGCUUUGUGAAGAACGAGCUGAAGAAGAUCCACAAGGUUCUGGAUACAGAUCACACAGAAGUCUCAGAGAGUCAGAGGGAGGAUGAGGAGCAGAGGAGCAGCAGAGAGGCCUUUCUGAAGAUCACAGAGGACUUCUUAAGGAGGAUGAAGCAGGAGAAGCUAGCUGACAGUAAGAGGACUUUUAAUGUGAAAGGAAGAACAUCUUAUUUUCUCAAUGAUCCACUCACUGAUUUAUUUUCUUGUGUUCUGUCAGAAAUCAGAGCUCCAGCUUGUCGACGUGAACUCAAAUUAAACCUGAAGAAGAAGUUCCAGUGUUUGUUUGAGGGUGUGGCUAAAGCAGGAAACUCCACCCUUCUGAAUGAGAUCUUCACAGAGCUUUACAUCACAGAGGGAGAGACUGGAGAGGUCAAUGAAGAACAUGAGGUCAGACAGAUUGAAAAAGCUUCCUGGAAAUCAGACAGACCAGAAACAUCCAUCAGACAAGAAGACAUCUUUAAAGCCUCAGCUGGAAGAGGCGGACCAAUUAGAAGAGUGAUGACAAAGGGCGUGGCUGGCAUUGGGAAAACAGUGUUAACACAGAAGUUCACUCUGGACUGGGCUGAAGACAAAAGCAACCAGGACGCACAGUUCAUGUUUCCCUUCACCUUCAGAGAGCUGAAUGUGCUGAAAGAGAAGAAGUUCAGUUUGGUGGAACUCAUCCAUCACUUCUUCACUGAAACCAAAGAAGCAGGAAUCUGCAGGUUUGAAGACUUUAAGGUGGUCUUCAUCUUUGAUGGUCUGGAUGAGUGUCGACUUCCUCUGGACUUCCACAACAGUGAGAUCCUGACUGACGUCACAGUGUCCACCUCAGUGGACGUGCUGCUGACAAACCUCAUCAGGGGGAAACUGCUUCCCUCUGCUCGCUUCUGGAUAACCACACGACCUGCAGCAGCCAGUCAGAUCCCUCCUGACUGUGUGGACAUGGUGACAGAGGUCAGAGGGUUCACGGACCCACAGAAGGAGGACUACUUCAGGAAGAGGUUCAGAGAUAAGGAGCAGGCCAGGAGGAUCAUCUCCCACAUCCAGACAUCACGAAGCCUCCACAUCAUGUGCCACAUCCCAGUCUUCUGCUGGAUCACUGCAACAGUUCUGGAGAACAUGCUGAAAACCAGAGAUGGAGGAGAACUGCCCAAGACCCUGACUGAGAUGUACAUCCACUUCCUAGUGGUUCAGUCCAAAGUGAAGAAGGUCAAAUAUGAUGGAGGAGCUGAGACGGAUCCACACUGGAGUCCAGUGAACAAGAAGAUGUUUGAGUCUCUGGGGAAACUGGCUUUUGAGCAGCUGCAGAAAGGAAACCUGAUCUUCUAUGAAUCAGACCUGACAGAGUGUGGCAUCGAUAUCACAGCAGCUUCAGUUUACUCAGGAGUCUUCACUCAGAUCUUUAAAGAGGAGAGAGGCCUGUACCAGGACAAGGUCUUCUGCUUUGUCCAUCUGAGUGUUCAGGAGUUUCUGGCUGCUCUUCAUGUUCAUCUGACCUUCAUCACCUCUGGAACAAAUCUGUUGUCAGAAGAACCAACAACGAGCCAGCAGUCCAUACAAACAAACAAACCUGAACUGAAUCAUCUGCACCAGAGUGCUGUGGAAGAGGCCUUACUGAGUCCAAAUGGACACCUGGACUUGUCCCUCCGCUUCCUCCUGGGUCUUUCACUGGAGACCAAUCAGAAGCUCUUAAGAGGUCUACUGACACAAACAGGAAGUGGUUCACAGACCAAUCAGGAAACAGUUGAGUACAUCAAGAAGAAGAUCAGUGAGAAUCUGUCAGCAGAGAGAAGCAUCAACCUGUUCCACUGUCUGAAUGAACUGAACCAUCGUUCUCUUGUGGGGGAGAUCCAAUGGUUCCUGAGAUCAGGACGCUUGUCCACAGAGACACUGUCUCCUGCUCAGUGGUCAGCUCUGGUCUUCAUCUUACUGUCAUCAGGAAAAGAUCUGGAAGAGUUUGACCUGAAGAAAUACUCUGCUUCAGAGGAGGCUCUUCUGAAGCUGCUGCCGGUGGUCAAAGUCUCCACCAAAGCUCUACUGAGUGGCUGUAAACUCUCAGAGAGAAGUUGUGAAGCUCUGUCCUCAGUCCUCAGCUCUGUGUCCUCUAGUCUGAGACACGUGGACCUGAGUAACAAUGACCUGCAGGAUUCAGGAGUGAAGCUGCUGUGUGAUGGACUGAAGAGUCCUCACUGUUCUCUGGAGACUCUCAGGCCAAAAUCAGCGGAUAAGUAUACUGGUGCAUGGUCACUUAGAUCUAUUGUCCCGAUUCCACAAGUAUGUAUUUUAUCUUUAUCCUUCCCAAAUGUUAUGAAAUAAUCUAUUCUUGUAUAGAGAGAGUGAGGAGCAGAGUAGUAAGUGUAAUCCCUUCUGUUAGGGAAAAAAUCUCGCCAUAUAUCAAUCAAGCCCACCUCCUCAAAUAGUGUGUUUACUUUCUUAUAGAAGGACUUCCUAUCCUGGGUUUUUCCACAAGAUGAGUCCAACUUUGGCUGCAGAUGUAUAUUUAGAUCCCCUCCACAGAUCAAGAGGCCUUCUGUUUCACUUACCAUGAUAUUGGUUAUUUUUUGGAAGAAACUAAUGUCACUCCCUGGGGGUGCAUAGACAUUCACUAAGGUAAUUGGAUUCCCAUCUAUCUUACCCCUUACUUAAAAUAAACGUGCCCUCUUUAUCACCCAUUUGGAAUACUUUUUCAAAAUGUAGCUUGUUUGAAAUGAGAAUAGCAACUCCUCUUCUCUGCCCUGAUUUGUAUGAAGAAAAAAACAGAUUUGUAAAAGCCCCUUUUCUUUAGCUUUAUAUGCUCCUUGUCUGUCAAAUGGGUCUCUUGUAAAUAAACCACAUGGGCUUGUUCUGUUCUCACUUUAGAUAGGAUUUUACUACGUUUAACUGGAUUCAACAGCCCAUUGACAUUA